AUGCGCGUGUUGCUAAAUCCAAAUUCCGUUUGCAUGAACACCGGCAGCAAGGAGAACACCAUGCACAAGGAGUUCCCUUCGCGCGCGGCGGUGUUGUCAAACAUUCCCGAUGAAUGCUUCAAGAAGGAUACGGCCAAGUCGUUGAUGUACGCCGCGGUGUCGACGGCAAUGACGGUGGGGUGCGGCUUGAUCGCCGCGGCGACAUUGCCGUUGCAGGCGGCGUGGUGGCCGGCGUGGCUUGCGUACGCCGCGGUGAACGGUACGAUCGCCACUGGAUGCUGGGUGAUCGCGCACGAGUGCGGCCAUAACGCGUUCAGCGAUAACCGAUUCAUUCAAGACGCGGUCGGGUACGCGUUGCACUCGGCGCUCCUCGUGCCGUACUUUUCCUGGCAGCGGUCGCACGCUGUCCACCACUCACGAACGAACCACUUGACGGAAGGAGAAACGCACGUGCCGUACGUCAAGGGCGAAUUGAAGGGUGACUUGAACCUCAAGGCGAAGAAGAACUUGGGUGAGGGCCCGUUCGCGAUUCUUCAGCUCGUCACCCACUUGGUUUUCGGCUGGCCGGCGUACUUGCUCACCGGCGCGACGGGCGGGAGCGCGAGAGGCGUCACCAACCAUUUCUUGCCUAACAUCAAUACCGGCGCUUUGGAGCUGUUCCCGGGAAGCUGGAAGAAGAAAGUGUACUACUCGGACAUUGGUGUUUUCGCGUUCGUCGGCGUUCUCGCCGCCUGGGUUGCCCAGUGCGGUUGGGCUCCGUUUGUCGCCCUGUACCUGGGACCGUAUUUGUUUGUCAACUUUUGGCUCGUCUUGUACACGUGGUUGCAGCACACCGAUGUGGACGUCCAACACUUGGCCGCGGACGAGUGGUCGUACAUCAAGGGCGCAUUCUUGACGAUCGACCGCCCGUACGGACCCGUGUUUGACUUCUUACACCACCGCAUCGGAUCCACUCACGUGGCGCACCACGUUGAGUGCGCGAUUCCGCACUACAAGGCGGUCGAAGCGACCGAGGCGUUGAAGACGAAGUAUCCGGAGUACUAUUUGUAUGACCCGACGCCGAUUUGGGCGGCAAUGAUGCGCGUCGCGUCCAAGUGCGUCGCUGUCGAGAAGCGCGGCGAAGGCAAGGGUGCGAUGUGGACUUUCACUGACGGCACGGCGUAAUUAUGAAUGAUUAUUAGUAUUUAGCAGCUCUUCGCGCACACGCAGACACAAACAUUUUAUUGAUACACACUAACGAAACUACUA